GCGUGUGUGUGUGUGUUGUGUGUGUGUGUUGUGUGUGAGCGUGUGUGUUCCGAUUUCAGGAAGACCUACCCUGUCAUGUGUGAUUAUGGGUGCGUAUAAGUGUGUGCGCAUAUAAGUGUGUGUGUGUGUGUGUGUGUGUGUGUGUGUGUGUGUGUGUGUGUGUGUGUGUGUGUGUGUGUGUGUGUGUGUGUAAAGUAGGAGGAGGAGGAAGCUCAGUUUGGCCUCUCCCUCUCUCUACCCCUCCUUCCCUGCCUCCCACCCUCUGAGUUGAGCAGCAUCCCUGUAACUAAUGACCUCGCUUCCACUGUGCACAGAAGAGAGGCACCUGCUGCUCCUUAAUGACUUCAGCUUUUCUCUGUCGCGAGCAGUGCAGAUACACUGAGAACAACAGCAUCCUGCUGCUGCCACUGCUGCUGGCUUGUGUGUGCUUCUCGUGAAGGUGUGGGGCCAGCCCCCCCCGUCCAGCUCUGCAGGUGAGAGAUUAGAGGGAGUAUCAAAAGACGUCUGAGUGAGAGUAAACGCCACUCCCUUCAUCCAGGGACUGGGCUGCUGAACCCAGGAAUGACUGAGCAUUUUGUGCCGAACUCCUUAAAUUCACUGGAAGGGGACUGAAACAGUAAGAGCUGCCACGCUGCCUCUCGUCCUUCCCCGAACAAACGAUGCUGUCGUCGUUGCCUGUCUGAUGGCUUGGCUCCCUGCUCCUCCCUGCCCUCACCCACUUGUUAUUUGAAAGGCUUCAGAGAGCAGCUAAUGCAGUAGAACGAUGACCGAGGAAGUGGGCUCAAGCUCCCCGGAACCCUCCACCCCUCCUUGUCCGACCCCAUCCGGCACGGCGGACAGUUCGACAGCCAGCCAGGUGGACGGGAAUGGCGCACUGGGACUGAGUGGUCUCAUUGCUACCUGCUGCAUCUGCAUGGAGGUGGAGCGUGUGCGAACUUGCUUGAACUCGGAGAAGAUCUGCAUCGUACCCAUCUUGGCUUGCCUGGUGAGCCUGGGGCUUUGCAUUGCUGGCCUCAAGUGGGUGUUCGUGGACAAGAUAUUUGAGUACGAACCUCUGACGCACCUUGAUCCCAAGCGCAUAGGGCAGGGUCCUAUAAUCUCUGCUGACCAAGCAACAGUGGCAGAAUGGCCUCCAUCAGCUGUCUUUACCACCGCCAUUCCGAUAUCCGAUUUGGGCCAGACACAGAAUACUCCUGAUGACCCUCUGGCGCUCACCUCAACACCCUUCACUACCCCUUCCUCACACCCCCCAACCUCCACUCCUUCCUUCCUAUCCUCCAUCAUUUUUGAGUCUUUCUCCCCAGAAACUGUAGUCACCAAAAGUCGUGAGGUGACAGAAUCGACAUCUGUAUCACUUCCCCAAAUGACCGAUACAAACCUCGUUAUUGCACCAGCGUUUACUACCACAUCACCAACACCCUGGUCAGGCCAUGCAAGGCCAUGCAACGAGAGCAAUCGGCACUACUGUGUGAACGGAGGACAGUGUUUCGUUAUCAAUGGUAUUAAUAAGCUCUCCUGUCAGUGUCCAAAUGAGUUUACUGGUGAUCGCUGCCAAAACUACGUAAUGGCCAGUUUCUACAAGCAUCUUGGAAUUGAAUUUAUGGAGGCUGAAGAGCUCUACCAGAAGCGAGUACUGACGAUUACUGGGAUCUGUAUUGCCGUCCUGGUGGUUGGCAUCAUGUGUGUGGUGGCAUACUGCAAAACAAAAAAACAGAGAAAAAAGUUGCAUGAUCGGCUAAGGCAGAGUCUCCGCUCUGAGCGAAACAACAUGGUAAACCUUGUAAAUGGACCCCAUCACGCAAACCCCCCAGCAGAAAAUGUUCAGCUAGCAAAUCAAUAUAUAUUGAAAAACCCUGGAUCCACUGAACACGUCAUUGAGAGGGAGACGGAGACCUCAUUCUCAACAAGUCACUACACAUCGACAGCCCAUCACUCCACUACGGUCACCCACACACCCAGCCAUAGCUGGAGUACAGGCCAGACGGAAAGUGUCAUCUCAGACAGUCACUCUGUGCUUGUGACAUCGUCGAUAGAAACCAGCAGGCAGACCAGCCCAGUCAAUCACAGAGGUCGCCUCAAUGGGGUGGCAGGUCGGCGGGAGAUGCUCAUCUGCGUGAGGAAUUCGCGGGAUACUCCAGACUCUCUUCGAGAUUCACCGCAUAGUGAAAGGUUUGUCUCCGCCAUGACCACCCCGGCCAGAAUGUCGCCCGUGGAUUUCCGGACCCCCGUGUCUCCAAAGUCGCCCGGUUCAGAGAUGUCGCCGCCAGUCUCCAGCCUGACGAUAUCCAUGCCCUCGGUGCCCAUCAGCCCUUCAAUCGAGGAAGAGAGGCCCCUUCUCCUGGUGACACCGCCCCGGCAGAGGGAAAAGAGGCAGGACGCUUACAGGCAGUACCGUGGUUCGGUCAGGGACAGCGCCAGCGUCCCAGCCAGCCCGCAGAGGGCAAUCGAGGACGACGAGUAUGAGACCACGCAGGAGUACGAGCUGGCCCUUGAGCCCCCCAAGAAAGGGGCCAGCAGCAAGAGGGGGAAAAGAACAAAGCUUAAUGGCCAAAUAUCACAUAAAGUGGAAAAUGAGAGUAAUCCAACCUCAAACAGCAAUAGCUCUGACAGCGAAACUGAAGAUGAAAGAAUAGGUGAAGAGACGCCAUUUCUGACCAUACAGAACCCCAUGUCAAUCAGUGGAGAAUCAGCCCCUGCAUACCGAUUGGCUGAGAACAGGACUAACUCUACCAAUAGGUACUCGGCACAGGAAGAGUUGCAAGUCAGGCUGACCAAUGUAAUGGCUAAUCAGGACCCAAUUGCCGUUUAACACCACAUCGAUGCACCAGUAAAACUUUAUUUUAUAUAAUGAAGUACUCCGGAUACUUUACUUUAAAUUAAACAUUUUAUUUUAUUUUAGCAGAAGAACCUUGCAGCUGGUAGAGAGUCUACAAGUUUUUAUAGAUUAAAAUAUAUAUAUGUAAAAAAAAAGUUAGCAUUCACAAUACUAACGUGCCAUAUGUAGCGUUUUUACAGUAUUUCAACACAGAAAGAUAUCAAUGGUGCCUUUAUGUUACUUUAUGCUGAGAACAAUUAGUGCAUCAGUUUCAAGCGACUUCUAUCAAGCCUUUGAUAAGAUGAGGGAUUUCCAUCAGAAUGUCCAAUCUAUUAGUUCUGGGCGAUAGAGCUUGGGGUUUCUGUGGUGUUCAGAGUGGGAUAUAACAAAUUGAUUGUCAGCAAUAGCAAGAUGGGAAUAAAACUUAAAAACACACACACGGGAGGGAGUGAAGAAGAUGUUUGGGGUUCUAAUCUUGCUCAGUAGUAUUUCACAGCUGUGAUUUCUGGUGGCACCUAACGUUUAUAAAAUUAAACAAAUUCUCCUAUAGAGAGAAACCUGAUCCAGAGACUUAGAGGGAAAAAGAAAUCAGAACCUUUGAGCACUCCCGCUGGUAAUUUAUCUCAUGAGGAAAUCUGUUGCAAGUAACUAACCACUUCACAUCCAGCUGUCUUUGAAGGUAAACUGAUGUAAAGAUUUUGCAAAAAUCAGAGCAUUAUAUAUGUGUGUGUGGGGGGACAGGAAGGUUAUUCACAGUUAGAUGAAAUUAGUUCCCUGAAGCUGCUUGCUUUGACUGAGGACAGGCAGUUUAUUUGGUGUUUUUUUGCUGGGUCCACACCGUAUUCUGCAAAGCAGCCUUUUUGAGAAGCCAACACAGUAUUUCCACCCCUAUCCCCUUUCUCCCCCUUUCUAUCAGACAUCAGUAUAGAUCUCAGCUGAAUCUGUCUGCUUCACUUGGAGGAGUCUGGGGUGAACUUUGAGCUGCACAGUUAGCUGAGUUGCUGUUGGAACAACAAAGAAAGAUCAGGAGUGAGUCACUCAGAAUGAAUAGUGUCUUCCAUUCCACCAUUUGCUAAUGAGAGGACAAAGGAUUGUGGCUGAUGGCUUGUAUUCUGGAGUAUACUGGGAACCUACAGUUGGUCCCCACUUUAGGAUUCAGUAAUGGUACCUAAUCACUUAGAACCAUGCGUUAUACAUUCUUCUUGUCAUCAGCUUAGUGCCAUCAGCUAUAAUGAAAACAGAUCUCUGUGUCAUGCAGUAUUUACCUCCCAUGAACUGACACUGUGGCAGUGUUAAUCCUUUAACGUAACACCAAUCGGAGGAGCAGAUGACUGCACAUAGAAGUUCAAAAUACAAAGCAUUGAACCUGCAUCUAGCAAAAGGACAAAGUUUCUGAUAUCUUCCUGUGUUUGUGAAACAGACGCAUUUAAAACCUCUUUCAAAUAAACUUUUUUUUCUGUUUAAUUGUGUACUUCAUUAUCACUCCGGUCAAUGUAGCUGCAACAGUUUCAGUUCCUUCUUUGCAAUAAAGAAAGCCGGAUGCCUCCUGAAUUCUCAAUAUCAUAACUCUCUGAUUUUAAGGCUUUACGAGUUCAACUGUUCAAAAUCCAGGGAAAGCCCAGAGGGUAUUGCGCUGUCAAAUCAGUUCUUUGAACUUCCUGAAGAUCUGAAUUAUUCAAAAUUGCAAUCGAAUGUUUCUAAUCAGCACGGGUUCAUUCUAUCAUUAUGACAGAGAUGUGCCAGAUAUGUCAAGUGUGUCAUCUACUUGUCAACCCCAUGUUUUCAUUACCUUUAUUGUUGCAUCUUUUUAAAUCACUGAGUGCAUGUUAAUUAUACAGAAGCAGGGUUGUGCGAUGUUAACCCACUUGUGACACCAAUGGCAUGUCUGUGGCUUUGUAAUGAAAAAGGAUAGUAAUAUUUGACAGCUAUUCAAAGCAUCUGGUUCGGCUAGACAUUUUUCACAUUCCUUAUCACGGUUUCAAAUUAAUCUGUAUGAUACACCUUUUGAAACUUGCAAAGAUGAAAUAUUUGGUGCACUUUCCCAUGUGCAGAGGGAUAGGAGCUUCCUAGCUGAUUAUGCAAGAAGGGAGAUGUGUUAGAAAUCAGUUAAAGUGGCUCAGCUUUGGAUAUUCAAUAAGGGCGCUCAGUUUCUAAUUUGUUCUAAACUUCAGACCAGACAAACUCAGGUGCCCAGCAAUUAGUGGAAAAUGCAGCCUCACAUCAGUUCCCCCAUCCUCUGGAAAAGAACUCCCUUCAGGGAAAAGUAAGUGGUUUGAUUUUGUUUAACACCAAACUCAUCCUUCACCGUGGUGAAAAUGAACUUUACGUCCACUACAUGAGACCUUUCACAAGAAGUAGUUUCCAGUGGGUUACACAAAAUGAAAACAGUAGGGGUACACUCAAACACUGUCUUUCCCCUUGUGGUCGGGGUUGGAGGAAGUCUGUUGUGAAAUUAAAUGGGAGUUUUGCUGAGGUGCUUCUAAUCAAAUGUUUCUGUUACUUUCAAUUUGCAAAUAUUGAAGCACCAUUGAGAUAUAAAUGAUCGUACUAAGUGUUAACUCUUAUGGCAUACAAUGCGCAUGCUAUAAUCCUAAUCUGCCAGGUACACACGCAUGUGAUGUUAUAAUCGUCCUUUCUAAAUGUGCAUGAGAUAUAAACAAUGUACAGAAAUCAGCUUUUGGUUGAAUCAAAUGCUGUUUACACCUUUUGACUGCACCCCUACAGUUUUCAACAGUAUUCUGACAGCUUUUCAUAACUCAUUGAACACAUUACCCACAUUUUCAGCUGGUAUUAUUUAGAGACACACGCUUACUACGCAGCUAUAUAUUCAGAUAGGACACUGGGAUGUGCAAAAUUGCUGAUACAAUGGCCAGAUUGCUUUAAACAGGUAGCAUCUAAAGGAAGACAGUUUUUGAGCAUGUCACAGACAAACGGCUUCUUUGCAAAAAUCACUCCAACUGACUUGGAACUAAAAACAGAGAGAACAAAAUAAAAGCUGGGGUGGGAGGAGGGAUGGGGAAAAGUAGAAGUGGAUGUAGACCAAAAUGAAAAGAACAUAUUCUGAACCUUAAUGGUGGCUUAUUGACUGGUCAUUUCCAUAAGAUUGGUUUACAGAAGCUAAGCCCACAAGUUCCAAGAGUAAGAUGAGACUCUAUAUUCAGACCAGAGGAUGCUUGAUGCCUGCAACCAUUUGUCUGUAUUUUGGCACUCCCCGAUUUUUAUUUUAAUUGUUUUAUUUUUGUAUGUAUGCAGGGGAGAGAGAGGUAAGACUAUGUAAGGAACCAAAGCAUUUCCUUUGGUAGUGGCUUUAUUUGUCCUGUACCUGUUAUUAAUAAUGAACAUCCCUGUGAAAACUGUCCAAUGUCGCUCUGUGAAUAUCAUGGCAGUAGAAUUAUUAUUUAUAUCACAACUUUAUGGCAUUCAGUGAAUUUUGUUUCAUUUUUAUUUUGUAAAAUAACCUCUGAAAAAUAUAUGUUCUAUGUUUCACAUUUUUUUCUGAUUUUUUUUUGUUUUUUUAAAAAAAAUUAAAAACAUAUAAAAAGGUAAUUUAUUGUCAAGUAUAAAGGCUAUAUCUUUCUUGUGAAGAGAAUAUAAUCCGCAUCUAAUUGUUAGAUGCUGCAAAUCCAGUAUGUGCAAAUUGCAAAACACCUUGAUGCAUUUUCGUUUUUGAUUUCAAUGUGGCUUUCUAAGAAAAAACCCUGCGAGUUAUAUUUCACUUCAGCUGAGGACUGAAUUUGUAACUGAUGGAACAAG